UUUUAAAGCUGAUUUAAUUAUUAUUUUUUAUGAAAAUUCCAAUAAUAAGUAGACUAUUUAGAUAACUGUCCAUUAAUAGAUUCUAGACAAAUGUCAAAGUGUAAACAAAGUUUAAAAGAUUGAGUAAAAUAGCAUUGAUUAAUAUUAGAAUUAUUGGACUAAAUUAUCGGACCUAGAGACAUAGUAGGGUCUAUCUAAAUUUUGAUAAUUGUUUUUAUUACAAAGAUAUAGACUCUAGUUCCUAUUUAUACAAAAAAAAAAUGUUUAUACUGAGAUAGUAAUUUUACUAGAAAAAAAAAAAAUCAUUGAAACUAGCAAAGCAGAUUUAUUGGGAUAUGUAUGUCUAGAAAUUUUUAACCUCUCUUGACUACUUCCCAACAAUUCCUUGAAAUUGAAUAGGGAAAACAUUUAGAGUUAUAUUUUCUUUAUUUUUUUUUAUUACUAGUCUAACUUCAUAAUAGAAAGAUUACUAGACUUUGAAUGCAGUGUUAUUCUCAUUAUUAAAUUAAUGUCUUUUUUUCAAGCCCUUAAGUGUAAAAGUAUACAUCUAUGCAUGUAGACUAGACUAAAUCUUGUGACCUUAAAUAAAAAUGUACCGCGCACUUUAUGCAUACAAAAGCGAGUUACCGAAAUACUUGUCUUUUGAAGCUGGUGAUAGGUUUACUCUGCUUGACACUUCUGUAUCGAACCAGUGGUUCCUUGCCCAAAAUGGUCUUGGUAAUGUCGGAUACGUCCCAUUCAACUACAUAAAAAAAAUUGAGGCAACAACAGACCAGCAAGUAAAAUUCAUUGAUGGUGCUAUGGAGGCCAUUCAUUUGCAGGCUACCAAUGCAGGAGGGCAAUAUACUCAUGAACAAAGGGUUAUUAUGAAGAGGCUAGUGAAGCAUCGAAGUGAGGUUAUAAAAAAUGCUCCACCUGAAGAAAAAAAAUCAUCUACUCGAAGGCGUCCUGCUCCAGCACCCCCUGUUGACAAAUCUGCUACUGUUGAGUUAGGAGAUCAAGAGAAAGGAUUAUCUAUCAUAGGGCAACAGAUAACACCCAAGUCUCCCAGUGAUAAAAAAGAGUCUGUUGAUAGCUUUGCCCUGCUAAGCAAAGAAAAAAAGAAAACUGGGAUGUCAAAAACCAAGAAGAGUGAAUCUCGGCUCAGCUCGGCUCAUUCAGAUAUCUGUAGUAAAGAAACCUCCCCCAAAGAUACAGUGAAAAAAAGUAAAAGUGUGACAAGCAGUAUUGGCCAAGCUCCAUCCCUUGUCUCAUCUUUCUCUAGCAAUGCCAGUGAUUUAACUACUACUGACUCAAUUACUGAUGCUUCCAAGACUUCAGAGGGUAGUGAUGACAUCAAUACGCUUCACUACAACAUGGUUACUUGUGGAACAAUGUCUGCUAGCCAUGACUCUGGCUCUGAUGUCAUGGACAUUGAUGACAGCAGGUACCUGCAAGAAGUUGAAAUGGAUAGAGAUCAGGAGGAGAGUAAUGAAGAAUGGCAUCUGAAUAAUAAAGGCCAAAAUUUGUCUUCCAAGUCACCUCAGUCACAAGAAAUGUCUCAUCUAAACAGUAGAAGCACUGAUGGUGAGGCAGAUCUAGGGUUUGGUAUAUCGUCUUCAAAUGUGGACUACAGAGAAAACUAUCAGGGAAAUGAUACCAACAGUCCAAUUGAAGAUCUACCACCGCCACCUCCUGAAAUAUUUAGUUCUGUGCUUGAUGACAAUUUCUCAGGAGAUGAGGGCUUGCCACCGGCACCUUGUGACCUAACUCCAACUGAAGAAAUACUCAAAAUGGAUGACAUGUAUGUCAGCUUGAAUUCAGACAUUCUUGAAUUGUGUGGACGAAGACCUCUAGAAGAAUGUUGCUGUGAUGAUUUUCAGCCCAAGUUUGACCCCAAAGGAACUUUUUUUGCUCAAAACUCUUUGGCACUUCCAGCUUCAAAAAGUGUUCACAUCAAAAACAAAGACAGACAUGAUUCUAAACUGGCUUCAAGGAUUUUCGCCUCUGUGUUAAAAAAUCCAGAUGCUGCGAUCAGCCAGGAUUCGCUUCGUAGGCAGCAAGAACUACUGGAGCUUGCCCAGGUCCAUUGUGUGCAGGUCACUCAUGCAGAUUGUGAGGAGAUGAUUGGAGAAUUUAGGAAAUUGACAAAUCUUAGCCAUGAAGAAAGUCACUGGGCCAUCUUAGCAGUGAUGAAUAUGCUUGCAGCUAAGGUGCCUCACAUCCGGCCAUCUUUAGAGGUUGUUGGCUUGCGUUUUAACUUAGCUCAUGAGUGCCGCAGCACAGGGAAAGAUUAUCAGUGCGACGAUACUUUGGCCAUUAACCGGCUCAUUUCAGAACUGGCAGCUGUUACCAAUGACUCCCAACAGCGUGGUCACUAUCUCAGGGAUGACCUAGACAGCAUUAUUGACAUCAUCUCUGGAUUGACAGAUACACUAAGUAAUGCUAAACACUGUGUUAGUGUGGCAGCUAUACAAAAGGACAACUAUGACAUGGUGGAAGUGAUUGCUAAGUAUUAUCAAAUGGAAACUAGAUGGGUGAUACAUUCUUGCCUACUUCAACUUGUAGAAACCAUUUGUCGGCUGAACUCUCUGGCUAUUCAAGAAUUUUUAUACUCAGAACUUCCCCAAGAAUUAGUGGCAGAAAUGCAGCAGCAUCAUAAUUGUGAUACUCGAGUUCUGCAAAUUGCUAAAACUCUAGGAAUCAUUUUCAUGAAGGGCCAGCCAUCACCACAUAAACUUGCCUCUACAAUGGACAUUCACUUCUUCAUAUGGCUGCUGGGAAUGUCUGAAAUGAUGGCAGAGAAGAAUCGACUCAAUGAUGUGGACAUGCUCCUGGCGCUGGUAUGUGCUUAUCACCUACAGCAUGAAGGCUGCACACAAAACCCAGUCACUGAUGCUUUCAAGAUGGCACAAGGCCAUGCACUGUUGGCAUCCUCAUUAAUCUUCCUAUCCAAACAUGAUGACCCUACAAGAGUUUUAGAGUCCGGCGUUGAAUCAAAAGUUAACUCUGUUAUUCUCCUGUUGACUAACUUGUAUGACAACAUCGACACAUCAGAUCUACUUUACACCAAUGAUGUUGAGGCACUUAUUGGUAUAUUUGAAGAGUUUCUACGUGACUUGAGCAGAGAUGAUCCAAAGCGGAAGGAAAUACUUCAUCUCCUUGAAAAUUUCAUGAGAAACUAUCCUGAUACAGUUACACUCCGGGGAUCCCUGAGCCAGCGAUUAGGUCCCCUUCUUUUCAAUAUAAGAGAAGAGAAAAAUAAAUUUGGAGAAAUGGCGGCCCGUAUACUGGAGGACAAUAGCGUUAUUUUUUGUGAUGCAUAAUUGAUUUCAGGCUCAUAUUUAGAUUUUUCUGUGGCUUGAGACUAAGUUUUAAUCCCUUUUGAAAAGGCAUUCUUAACACUUGUUGGUGGUUAUCUGUUUUGUAAAUUAUGCUUAAUGUAAUCUGGAGUGUAACUGUACACAAAAAUUAAUCUUACUUUUCUGAUCUACUUGAUCAUUAAAAAUCAGUGUGUGAAUUGUUUGUUUUUAAAGUAGGGACCAUAAUAUUAAAGGCUGAGUGCGAAGUUGCUCAACUAAGAGUUUUAGUUUCGGUGAAGGCAUAUUUUUGGGAUUGCAGGACCUUCCUUAGUCCAGCCAGCUCUUGUCGUUAAUGCGUGACACUUAUAAAAGCAGUUAGCACUCCAGAUAAUAUUUGGCAUUGUGGUCUUGUGCAAUUCUGUGUAUUUGUAAAUUUUGUUAUGAAUAAAAAUUGCUUGUACUUGGUUUAGUAAAUUUUAAUAUUUAAGAAUUAUUUAGUCAAUACUAAUUGUUUCAAUUGUUUAUAAGCACUAAUGACUUGUAUCUCACUUUUCAUGAUGUUGAGUUUUACAAACACCUGUUGAGGCAUUCAUCUCACUGUUAAUAUUUACAAAGUUAGUGAACUAACUGCUGAAUUCAUAAGACUAUAGAAUAUAUAAAGUACUUAGCAUUUCUAAUUGUUAUUAAAUCAACAUCAUUGACAUCCUAGCCCUAUAAUGUAUAGCUGUAUAAUAUAAUCAAUAGCCGUAUAAUGUGUGUUAUAGAUGUUUAUUUACUAGAAUUCUAAUACGUGUAAUCAUACUUGUGGGGGUUUGUGGCAUUGCUUUCCUGGCUACCAUUUUACUACUAUGUUCUAGAACAGGGGUUCUCAACCUGUGGGUCGCGACCCCCUCGGGGGUCGAUUAACGAUUUGCCAGGGGUCACCUAAGACCAUCGGAAAAAUGGAUUGUUAUUGUCUAUUGUUCUGUUGCUGUAUGUAUGUGCGGGGGGGGGGGGGGGUCGCGGCAGAGUGGGGGGUUGUAAAAAGGGGUCGCCGAGCCUAUAAGGUUGAAAACCUCUGUUCUAGAAGUAUCGUGGGUAGUGGUGAAGUAGACUUAUAGUGAAGAGGAGAACUGGUAAAUAAGCUUAGACAUGAAAUAAUUGUCACAAGGUGGCAAGAAGGGAAAGCAUUUGAAAAUAUACUUGAUAGUAUUUGCUAGAAAAGUAUAGGCAGUCAUUGCUUAGCCACACAGACCCACAUAAUAAUACAUGUGUGAGCUUGACUAGACUUUCUUAUUUUCCAAUUACACAUGUAAAUAACAAAAAGUAAUUAUUUAUUUUCUACUUUAUAAAAAAAAUUGAUUGUUGGUUAUCUUAUUUUAUUUUAUAAAAUACAGACGUUACUUCAAAAAAGAAGAUGAUUACAUCCUAGUCGAAGUCUUCACUACAGCUCAGUUUUGUGUGUGUCACUGUAAAAACUGUACUGCAUCCUGUACAUACAUUGAAAUAGAACUCCAUGGUUUACAUUCAUUCUGCUCAAUUCUCUGAUCAUUAUUGAUUUAUCAGCUCUACUUCAAUCUUUGCCUUUGUGAUGGUACCUAGUGAUUUAUGCAUUUUCCCUUUUACAUUUUUUAUAUAAAAUUUACAAUAAUUUAAUAUUAUCUCCAGUACAAAGCACUACUAUUGAAAUUGGCUGCUAAUCAAUUCUUUACCUAAUGAAAAGUUUCAAUCUUGUUGUAAAAUGGCUUAGCUUAUUAGUAUUAGUAAGUUAAAUGGCAUUAAGCUCUAGUAGAAAUUGUAAAGUUCUUUAUCUGGGCUCUUGAGCUGAUUUUACAAACUUUGUAGCAUCAUAUUUUCUUUGCUUGACUUCAGUUUAUAUGUGUGCAAUACAUGUUCAAAUCAUUACAUACACAGAGAGAAAUGUUGGAACCUGGUUGGUGAGAUAUUUAUGAUUUGUUUUUUUCUCUUGUUUUCAUAACACAUAUUCCAUUUUAAGGUGAUACUCUUUAUCUGAUUUUUUUAAAAUUUCAUUUUCUAAAUGUUGUAUUUAUAUUUAUGUAUUUUUUUUUAGUGAUUUUUUAAAUAUGAUUUCAGUGACUGUAUUUUAAACAACAUUUAAUAUUUAUCAUACUUUUCAUACGUAUUCAUCUUAAAUAAUGUUUUGAUUACUCAAGGUUUUAUCUAUUUUAGCAAAGUCCAUUUGAAUCAGAGGGCUACAAAUUGACUCAAAUGGAGUGCUAUACAUAGAACAAAAAAAGUUAACAUUUUCAGGUUUAUAUCGAUUCCUGUAAGCUAGUUAACUUUCUGGAGUUCUUAGUCUUGAAGGCUAGUUGAAGAACUUCUUUGACAUAUGCUCUGACCUAACUUUAUUGAUCUCAAGGUAGUAUUUAUAUACCAGUGACAAAUUACAUUGUCUUUCAAGCAUGUAUUUCUUCUCUAUGGUUCCAGCAUUUUGUUCACAAAUUUAAUUUAAAAAAUAGUCCAACGUUCUUCUCACUCCAUGAUUUAAAAUUUUCUCUCUCCAUAUUCUGCAGUUUCAAUAGAAAAUUUCUUGAUAGUGUUUGUCUGAUUGGUUUAGGGUACCCUAAAUUUCUUUUUAAAAAAAGUGGACAACUUUUGCUUCUCUAGAAGAAAAAAUUAGCUUUAUAUGUUAAAAGGAAGGGUACCUUGUAUGUUAUCAAGGCUUUUUUUUUACUAGCUAGUUUGGGUUUUUGUGGCUUUUUACAUCUUGGGAGAUAUUUUCCCUUUACAACUUCUCAUGUGCUUAGAGGCCAAGCCAGUUGGGCAUAUUGUAGUCAUCUGAUGCUGCUUAAUUUUGAGACUUUGUUCCUGCUUCUGUUAUUUAAGGUUGCUCCUUUAGACUUGCCCUCAUGUGAGUGUAUUCUGUUCUUUUUUUUUUCCUACCAACUGUUGGUGUCUAUCUGGAAGUGCUUCAUGUCACGCUCACUAUGCUGUAAAUGCUCCAGUUGUUGAGAAAACUUAUUAAGUCAGUGAUGCCCAACAUAAUUCAAUAUGCGGGCCAUUUUAAUUUCCAACACUAGUGUCACGGGCCACAUGAUGGAAAAGAUACAAAAACUUAAUGAAAUUGACCUGAAACUAUUUUAUUUCAAACCACAGGAUCUAGUACUUACAUUAAAUUAUUGGGAUAUUGGAAUUUUCUCUUUACACUUCAUAAAAUGGCAUAAAAAGUUCUGUUUGUAUUUUGUGUUCUUAAAAAAAACAAAAACAUCCACACUUUCAUGUUGGCUAGUAAUGGUAUCAUGUUCUACAAAAAAGUAAAGAUCCGUUCACUUUACUGAAUAGAUUCUAUAGUCCUAUUUCAUCAAUGCACAAAUGUUCAAUGUGAGGGCCUUAACGCAGGUAAAGAUACAUUUUUAAAGGGGGGGGGGAAUUGUCUAUAUUUUGUGCCGAUGUUUCGGUGGGCCGAACGGAGGCACAUCCGGCCCGUGGGCCGUAUUUUGGGCAUCACUGACUUAAGUGAUUCAUUAGUAUUUUGUGCUAAAUUAAUCUAUCAAAACUCAGUCUACUGUUUACUAUCUACUUCUAGAAGUUUUUAGUGUAGAUAACAAUGGAAAUGAAAGGUGUAAAGAUUUUCUGUGUCAAUUAACAGUAUUUCACAUCAAAACAAUUUCAAUUUUAGAACUAAAACUGUCUGAUUUUACUAUUUUGUAACCUAACAGAAAAUCAGAAAUUAGUUUUAAAAUUAAUAUAUUUUGCCUAGUUUUAGAUUUUGGUAAGAGAAAUGGUUUAUUUUUUUUUAAAUAUAGAAACAGAUUUAAAGCAUUUGUUUUACAUAUAUAUUAUGUAUGUUUAAAAAAUUAUCUGCUUUGAACAAAUUUAAAAAAAAAAAUUUUAUUUGCAUCAAUCUAUUCCACUGUGGUAUAGCGAGACCAACAGUCACAGGGCUGUACAUGGCAUUAAUUAUUGGUCUAAACUGCCCACAGGUUGUGAAGUUGCAGGUCAGUGUUGAGGCCUUCUAUAACGAAUAAUUAUACACGAUGUCUAUGACAGCCAGUUUUACAAACUGUUAUAAAAUUUCAAUAUCAAACUUUUCUUGGUAUGACUUGUUUGCAUUCUAAUUGAGUUCACACUUUAAUUUAGCAUAAUGAAUGAUGGGAUUAUUAAUAAAUACACCAAAUUUAAAUGAUUAUUAAGUGACAUUCAAAGGAUUGUGUCAUUUAGUUCGAAACUCAGCUUCAAUAUUUUAAUUCCAUGUAUAUCAUUCAAUGCUGUUGCCAAUAGGUGACUCUCGUGUUAAUUUCUUUUUAAACAUUACUGUAUUUUCUUUGUUUUCAGUAUUUUGUGGGUCAAUGUUUGUGUUGUUUUGAUGAAUUUUCUUCAAAUGACUUAAUUAAGGACAUUUUCAGAUUGUAUUAUAUGUCCAAUACAAUAUACACAUUCUUUUUUUUUUUUACUAGUUAUCUUCAGAUUUACAUUAGCUUUUUAUGUUAUGAAAAAGUUCACUAUUUUGAUUUAGUAGACAUACUUUUAGUCAGCAAUAUACUUAAACAAUUUAACCUUAUUGUUCUUUUUAAAUAAAAAAAAAUAAAAUAAAAUAAAUCUCAGCUUGGUACAGUUCUGAAGAUAAAAACAGCAUAGCAUCACUUUAUUCCAGACCCCCCCCCCACCCUUUUCCUGUUUUUGUUUUACAAAAUAACUUACUAAUCCUAACACUGUUUUUUCAGUACAAUCUAUACGAUUUUAUUUGAUUUGUCCCUUUUUUUUUCUUCUUUUAAUAACAUUUCUUUCAAAUUUCUAGCUAGAGUGUAUUUGGUAGAGACAAUUAUUGCAUGCAAUUUCACUACCUCACAAUCACAAUUUCAAUUUUGUAAUAGAUAACACAAAAAUAAAAAAACAUGUCUGUUGUUUUAAAUUGAUGCUUAUAGAGUGCUUAUUGUGUUUAAGUCUUAUUAUCAUGGUGUGUUGACCUUACUUCAAUAAUAUACAGACCUACUACAAAGAAAAAAAAAAGUUGCAACAUCAACACAGUACAAGCUAACCAUUAAAUAGCAAUAAUAAUUUAUUAUUACAAUUAUAACAUAACAAUGAUACAUUAGUAGAUAGAGAAGUUGACAGCUGAAUGAUUUGAAAGUUGGUAAAGAGCAAUAGAUAAGGUUGUACAUGUAGAGGGCAACAUAGAAAAGGUUGUACAUGUAUAGGGCAACAGAAAAAAAAAAUCCCAUGCAACAAGCAAACAUUAACUUGCAAUCAUCUCGGCAUUUCAGAGAAAUUAAAAAGAAAUAGUUUUGAGCAGUGAUGCAAACAUUUCAUGCUAGUGACCUGAUGAUAUCCAGCCCCUCCAAACUUCUGACCAAAAUACAUAAUGAGGUCAAGUUCCAACGGACUCGGACUCAAUUUUUUUUAUUUAUUUUUUUGCAUUGAAGCAGCCCAAGCCAUGCUUGUGGCUAAGUCAUGUGGUCCCCCUAGCCAGAAAAUAGUUGGGCACCACUGGUUGUAAUGAAGCACAGUGUUUAUACUCAAGUCCUUCUAACUACUGCAAGUGCUAGAGAUUUGAUUAACAGUUUUAAAAUACAAUUGGUUUUUAUUGUAUGCAAUUCAUGUUAUUGCUUUAGAGCAUAAAAUGUUACAGAAUUAGCACAUUUGAUUUGCACAAAUAGGAAAAUAAUGUCACUAAGAAAAACUAAAACAAGUGUCAAUGUACAAGCAACAGCUUGUUUUUUUUUAAUGCAAUGAGUUUGCUUUUAUAAUGAUGUAUAUUUUGUUAUAAAGUGUGUUUCUUUAACACUUUAUAGUGUCUUAUCUGUAAUAAUGUUGAGAGUUGUUGCCUUGACCGUAGACAUGCUACCAAAUGGAAAACAUUUCCAAUGAAUUCAAAUGGUAAAGAGGCAAACAGAAGAUAAGAGGAGAGGGUAACUGAACAAGCAAUAGCAAGGAUGAAGUUUAUGAUAUCAAGUGAUGAUAAUUUCCACACAAACUUCAUUAAUAUGAAUAUAUAACUGUACAAAUAUACAAGAUCUGGAUAAUUAUAAUAAUUAAUAUUAUAAGAAACACUUAGCAAAUAAAAGGUACAGUUAUGAUUACAGUACCAUCCGAUGCGUUUGGAUCUUAUCAAUAUAAGAACUGUUAAUGGUGAAUUCUUACUAGAACUAGAAUGAUGACUAAGUAUUGGCUGAAAUAAUUCAAUUAACAACAUUAUGCAGCAUUUACAUGUUAAGUAGAUUAAGAUUGUAUGAUGAUUUGUUGACUUUAAUGUACUUUAGCUUAAAAGUAACUGAGCAGAAUUUACAAAUUAUUUUGAGGUUAAUCAAAAUCUGAGCCCAACAUAUUAGCUAUGUCUCUUGCAAUCUCUCAGUGUUGAGAAAAAUCGAAGCCUAGUUGGUCAGAUAAGGUAGUUCUCCACUCAAACAUCUGUGAUCUGACUUUUAAAUUUAAAAAAAACGGACACAAAAUCCUGAAAACAAAAGGGCAGAUUUGAACAUUUCAAACCAAAGUUUUAGAGAAAUGUGCUGAAACAGUAACAAUUCAUGAAGCUAUCAAUAGAAUCAGAAGCUGCCAUAUAAAUCAUUCAUGCACAUCUAUAGACUGGACCCAGAGAUUCCAGUGUUUCUGGAAUCGAGCUUAAAAACAAAAAAUAUGAGGUAAAGGUUAAAAAAAACAACAAAUUUCUUCUCCACUAUGAUUAACUUGAAGAGUAAGAAUCUGAACAUUAGAUUAUAAUAUUGAACAGGAUGACCAAAACUGCAAUAAUGACAAAAUCUCAGAUCACACUUUGUAUGUUGGAUAUAAUCAUGAUGCACAUUAACAGUAAACAAAUACCUAUAUGAAUAGUUCACUGCUUAAGAAAAAAUGAAUUUUUUUAAUAGCAUAAAGAAUCUAAUUAGGACCAACACUAAAAAGACAUGACAACAACAAAAAAAAGUGCCUGUUAGGUUUGUAGUCCAGGCAACCAUAAAUUGAUUGAAUUAAGUCCAGGCAACCAUAAAUUGAUUGAAUUAAGUCCAGGCAACAAUAAAUUGAUUGAAUUAAGUCCAGGCAACAAUAAAUUGAUUGAAUUCAGCCCAGGCUUGUUACUUACACCCCUUUUGAUGUAUUUACACCUGUAACAUGAACUGCCUAACCUCUAUAAGCCAUUGGAUGGUUUCUUCUUUUCUCCACCUUAACAAGCUUCAACAACUCAGUACAAACAUAGAAAUAAAUAGAAAUAAAAUGUUCAACUCAUGUCAAGAUUUUAUUUAACAAAAAAAAAACUUCUGUUACCGGUAUUACAAUCAGAAAUUAGAGGUACCAAUUAUUAAAACAAAUAUUAUUUUGAUUAUUCUUCCAAACAACUUUCUCUACUUCAAAACUUGGAUGCUACAGACAUUUAGAUAAGACAACAGCCUUUGUAUAUGACAGAGACUAUUUAAAAGAUGCCAUUACAUUUUGUGUACCAAAUAAUUAAAAUGUAUGAAGAUUGAAACUACAGAGACAAAAGAAAUAUAUCCUCUUGUGCCUCUCCAAGAAAAUAAAUGCAAAAAAUAACAACAUUUAUUCAGUGCAGCCAGUAGUAAGUUAUGUCAUGGGUUAAAGGUCAUGGACAUGACAAGUGAGGUUUAAAAGUCAUGGACAGAAAAUAAGAGUCUACAUUCAAUGUGGAUAUUGUUACAAGCCAAGCUUUACAUUUAGAUAAGAUAAUCUUUUGAAAAUACAGUGUAAAUAUGUGAUACAGUUUGGCAAUAGCAACAUAGACAAACAUUAUAUGCCUAUAUAAUCAUAGCUUAUAAGAAAAGCUUUUUUUUUCCCCAAUACAUUCAAUCAGACACACUUUAUUAAUGUAUAUAAUAACAAGAUUUUAAUAAUUACUAAAUAUUGGGUUUUUUUUUGGUAGUUAUUUAACAGAUCAUAGAAUGUAUGGCAGUUAAAAUGUUUCCGUGAACUUGUGGGUCACAGGAACACCAACGGUCUUUAAAGAAAAUAUAUAAAUUUAAUCAUAAAAAAACUAAUCAUAAAAAUGGUCCAUUAGUAAAAGGUACUUCACAGGAAAAAAAAAAAGAAAA